AUGCAAUCCGGUGAGUCCGUUGCCGCCUAUAGGGGUAGAGCCCAAGACCUUUACCGGGAUUUGCUAGCCGCCCGUUCCGAUGUGAAGCCGGAUGAUCUAUCCUUUAGCGUGCUUGCCGACUUGUCAAGCCGGUUUGAAGGGGUAGGAACGGUGUUGACCACCACCAAGGAGGAGCUAGGCAAGGUGGAAGAGCUUCUCUCGACGUUGCAAGUGUUUGAGCAAAGGCAUGGGGUGUUUGGGGAGCGAAAUAGCGGGCCUCGGGUUCGGCAACGGCGAUGGCCUACGUGGCCAAGGGUGGCAACUUUGCCGGCAAGGACAAGGGUGGCCCGGGAAAGACUUCCAUGGCUUGCCACAGGUGUGGAAAGUUGGGGCACUUUGAGAGAGAGUGCCGGUCCGGGUCUCGAUAGCCAGAGAAGCUCAAAUCGGGGAAGAAGUGCGGUAGCCCGGACCUUUUCAGAGGGGUUGCCCAAAGAAGGGGGCUACCGGGGGCUGGCAAGGGUAGCCUUUGUAGUCGGGGAAAGGGCGGAGACUGGAAGGUGGAUUGUUGACUCCGGGCCUAGCCAACGCAUGACGGGGGUCAAAAGCUCCUUCUCAACGUCGGAGAUGCUUGGGCCGGGGACUCGGGCAAUCAAGUUUGGGAACAAGGGGUUCCUUGAGGUAGCCCGGGUUGGCACCAUGGAGUUGCGGUGCGGGACGCCCUCGGAAGAGCGGGUUAACCUUCUCCGUGAGGUAGCGGAGGUGUGCGAAGUGUACAUGGACAGGGAGGUCAUGCUUCGGGCGGAGGAGAAUGCGAAGGAAAUUUCGGUGAUUUGCCAACCGAGGGCAACGUGGGAGGACACGUGCUUGCACGUGAGGGAAGGCGAGACUCCGGUAUUGUGGCACCGGAGGUUGGAGCACGCCGGCUAUGAGAGCUUUGCCAAGAGGGUCGAAGAACGAGCGGUCCGGGUUGUAGGGGUCAAAGCAGAGACCUUCCAGGAGGAGAAACCCUCGUGUGCGAGCUUUGCAUCAUGGGGAAGCAAACCCGGGAGCCGUUUUCCAUGGAGUCGAACUCCAAAGAGAAUACGGAGCCACUCGAGCUCGUGCACAUGGACGUGUGCGGCCCAUGCCGGUGACGUCAAAGAGGGGGAGUAG